CGCCGUUCGGCGCCGCGGUUGGGUCUUCGGAGGUCUUUUCCAAGCCUGCCAAGCCAGAAUGGCGCGAUGGAUUGCCCCUCGGCAGCUGGAGGGAGCUGAACCCAGCUGAAGGGUCCUGGAGAUGCUGCCUGGCCCAUAAAUUGCCUUUCCCCUCAUUCUUCGAGUUCUCUUCCCCUAACUUUCUCUCCAUCUCUGCUCCAAAUCCCCAUAUUUCAAAGGCUUCUCCAUCCAAGCUACUCUGUGCCGUCAUAAUCAUGUCUUACAACAGAGAAACUGGGUCCGGCGGAUACGGCGGAAACGACAGCUACGGCUCGUCUAACCGGUCUGGAGGUUCCGAUUCCUACGGUUCCGGUCGUAACAACGACAGCUACGGCUCUGGAAGUGGAAGUGGAAGUGGCAAUACCUACGGCUCAUCUGGUGGCAACUACACAUCCAGCGGCCGUAGUAACGACAACGAGACCUCCUACGGAUCCUCUGGCAACUCUUACGGAUCCAAGAAUGACAGCUACGGCUCGUCGGACAAUUACGGGUCCAGUCGCCGCGAGAACGAUAAUGCUGGAUCAUCCGGCAACACGUACGGAUCGUCCGACUCCUACGGUUCAAACCGUCGCGACAAUGACAACGGCAACUCGUAUGGCUCCUCGGGUAACUCGUAUGGACGGAAGAAUGAAGAUUCCUACGGGUCAUCUGGUAACACGGUUGGAUCUUCCAACAACUCCUAUGGUUCGAGCCGUCGCGAAAACGACCAAAGCAACUCGUACGGCUCAUCGGGAAUCUCGUCCGGGCAGAAGAAUGAAGAUUCCUACGGGUCAUCUGGUGGAUCCUAUGGCUCUAGUCGCCGAGAUGGCGAUGGUGACAACUCAUACGGCUCUUCUGGCAACAACUAUGGCUCGAAGAACGACAGCUACGGAUCUUCGAGCAAUACGUAUGGAUCUGGCAAUGAUUCGUACGGUUCUAGCCGCCGUGAUAACGACAAUGAUAAGUCGUACGGUUCUUCUGGCAGUUCUCGCAACGACACCUACGGAUCAUCGUCGAGCAACACAUAUGGAUCCGGAAAUGAUUCAUAUGGUUCUAGCCGGCGUGACAACGACAACGACAACAGAGGCUCGUACGGCUCCUCCGGCAACUCGCGCAAUGACACCUACGGGUCGUCGUCGGGUAAUACCUACGGCUCUGGUGGAGACUCCUACGGGUCUAAGAACGAUAGCUACGGGUCUAGCGACCGCUCCCGUGAUAACUAUAGCUCUUCUUCGGGCAAUGCCUACAGCUCUGGAGGAGACUCAUAUGGCUCGUCCGGCACUCUGAGGAACGAUACAUAUGGCUCAUCGACCUCUGGCUCGAACCGUCGUGAUAAUGACUCCCACGGAUCUUUUGGCGGCAGCGGCUCCGGGAACACUUAUGGGUCUUUGAACAAUGAUUCAUAUGGCUCGUCGAGUGGCAGUCGAUACAACUAGGGGGUAUAUACGUAUGGCGGUGAUCGGGAUGAAGGGAGGGCUCUUGGGUUUAUAUUUGAAUCACGUUGGAUGUAGCAGGCAAAUUAUGCCAUACUUCACCUUCGCGUCCAGCAACAGUAAAUGCAUCGGCACUAAAACAACAUAUGUGCCAUUACAAAUGUCAAAGAUAAAUUUCAUUCUCAAAUGGGAAGAUAGUAUUUAGGACUAUUCUGAAAGUCAAUCACUUGCAUCUCUUGAAUUGCUCAAUAUUAU